AUGUCAAACCGUCGUUACCAAUCCGGCCUUGCUCGAAGUGAGGACGAUGCCUCAAGAAGCAACAUCCGGCGUACUCACACUGAGCCCACAACUCCCAUUACCGACAACCUGCUCGCCGCAGCCUGCGAAGAAGGCCUGGAGGACAUUCCUGAUGGCGGUGCUCCCGAGCUCGCAUUGAACAAGGCGGAGCUUGAGAGCUUGAGGGCGGAUCUGCUUGGCUCCAUCAAAGGGGCGGAGCAGGUGUGUGUCAAGAACCCGACAGUGUCCUCCCCUGCGCGUAGCAUCGAAAUACUGUGCCGGAAGCUCAAUCUUUCGAUGCAGAAAGCCGUCAAGGCUUACCUAAAUGUCAAACGCCCAGAUAUGUCCGGUGGUAAGACGUUGGCGGACAUCUGGGAGCCGUUUGCGGCGGAUGAGGUAGCCUUAUCUGGUCGUCCUCGAGAGCAUCUUGUAUGCCCGUCCGGAGACUUUGGUGAGCCACUUCGUCUUUUUGUGCAAUGGCAUUACCCUACCUUCAACACCAAGCAGCUGGAGUACAUGCAUACUGCGGACACGACCAACCCGUGCACGAACAUGAUGCUGAAGGUUGGCGUCAAUCCUAUCACACAGCCACUAGGCUGGGGCGAGCGAUGGCAUCGGCGAGAAUCGACAAAAGAUAGAGAACAGCAACCUGUUCCAAUGUCUGCGCGCCCUCAGGCAGAGCUCGAUCUGGCUGACAAUUUCAACACCGAGCUUUUGGAGUUGGCGAAUGCGAAGAUCGUCUUGUUGCUCGGUAUUCCAGCGCAAAAAUGGUACGAGACCAAGUUCAAGCCGAAGUCAAUGACAGUGAUCGACAAACCCAAGAUUCAGCUUUGGGCCAACUUCGACCAGGGUAAGAACGGUACGGUGUUUCAGCGUCUUGCAGUCCCGUGCCCGCAUCCGGAAGCCAUUUUCUUUGAUUCAGUGGGUCGCGGCCGGCAGAUGGACGAGUGUAUUCGGUUUGCCGUCGAGCUUGCGGGCCUCGAAAUACCGUUGGACACCACGUUCUUUGCUCGUAUGGAAGACAGUCGCAUCAAGAUCAAGAAACAUAUCGGAUUUCCUUGCGGGCCAAGAGACAACAAGGUCGAUAUACUUGUCAAGAUGCUCGCUUUCGAGCAUCAGGACGGCAGUGAGAAGAUCCCGUGGAAAGCGAUUCCAUCCAUGAUAAGGGAUCUCUUCCAUCGAUGGACCGGCCAACCUGCCUCAGAAACUGCCAUGAACAGUUUCUUGCUCCCACUGUGCCCAGAAUGGCACGUCAGCCUGGUCAAAGGACUGCAUAUUCUUCUGUGCCAGCGGGCUAGUGGUUCGGCUUCGGCCGGCUUCGCGCUUCAGAAAGCAGGCAAUGCUGUGCAGCAGACCCGUGGCUGGCCUGCUUUGGACAGAGGCCGGGCAACGCAGCUGGCGGCUGAUCCGACCAUGUCCCGUGCAAGAGCGGCGCACGAUGCCCAAGGCAGGCCAGGCAUUCAGAAAAGUAUAGAUGUCAAUCGGCAGCAGGGCUACGCCAACCUCGCCAAAGGCCGAGAAACCAUGAGUCUCCAAGCUGAGGCUAGGCGGCGAGGUGAAGAUCCGUCGAUUGUACGAUCCUCAGCUGCCACAUCGUGGUCUUGCGAUGAAUGUGAGAAGUCUUUCAACACGAAGCAGGCGCACUCGCAACAUAUGCAGGUGGAGCACCAGGGAAAGCGAUAUGAAUGUGAAUGGGCGAAGCAGGGCCGUGGAUGUACUCAGAAACCCUACAAGGGAGGAAGUGGCCUGCGGAAGCACAUUGCUACCCGGCACAAAGGGCAGAAGUACCCGCCAGAGUAG